AUGUCUUCAACGAGUUUUUUAGACCCUCGUACGAUUGAAUCAGCCAAGCAUACGGUGGCUUCUUUUAUGAAAUCUGCGUUUUCGCAACAAAACGUAUCCACUACAGCCAUCAUUUGUUCUGCGGUUGUUGGAUUGUUUGCCUAUGAACAAUAUGUUUAUCUGAGAAAGAAGAAAUCUUUACCGGGCCCCAAACUAAAGAUCCCUAUCAUUGGUGCAUUUAUGGAUUCUCUCUACCCUACAUUCGAGGGUUACAUGAGCAAAUGGAAAAGUGGAGAAUUGUCAUGCGUUAGUGUCUUUGACAGAUUCGUUGUUAUUGCUUCAACUUGUGAACUCAGUCGUAAAAUUUUGAAUGCUCCUGCUUAUGCUGAACCAGCUGUUGUCGCCUCUAUGAAACAUAUCUUGUGUCCUGACAAUUGGGUAUUUUUAAGUGGCAAAGAACAUGUGGAUUAUCGCAGAGGCCUCAACGUAUUAUUUACACGAAAAGCACUAGGAAUCUAUAUUCCUAUUCAAGAACGAGUGUAUAAAAAGCAUUUCGAAGAAUGGCUUUCAUUAAAAGGUAAAUCAGUACAGUAUCAGCUACGCUUCCGUGAAAUCAACAUGGAAGCUUCACUUCGCGUCUUUUUGGGCGAUUAUAUGUCGGAUGAAGUAGCCGCUACCAUCUCCAAAGAAUACUUUAAUAUCACAGCAGCAUUGGAACUUGUCAAUUUUCCUAUUCCUUUGCCCGGAACAAAAGUAUACAGAGCUAUUCAAUCUCGAAAAUACAUCGUUAAGCAUUUUAUAGAGAGCAUCAAAGAUAGCCGUAUCAGAAUGGCCAAUAAAGGAGAAGUCAAAUCGAUGAUGGAUGCAUGGAUCAACUCCAUGAAUGAAUUGGAAGCUGAAUGUGAACGGGCUGGAAAACCCGCACCUAGAAAAUUCGAUGAUCGUGAAAUUGCUUUGACCAUUUUGACCUUCCUUUUUGCAUCGCAAGAUGCUACUUCUUCUGCCUUGACUUGGGCUUUCCAAUUGUUGGCUGAUCACCCCGACGUUCUCCAAAAGGUGUACGAAGAACAACUCAGACUACGCAAAGACAAUAUAGAUCAAGAGCUUACUCUCGAGCUUAUGGAAGAAAGCGUUUAUCUUCGUCAAGUGGUGAAGGAAAUUCUUCGUCUUCGACCACCCGUACUCAUGGUUCCAUACCAGACUGUGCGUGAAUGGCCAUUGACACCCAACUAUACAGUGCCUAAAGGCGCUAUGGUCAUUCCUACCACAUACCCCGCUCUUCAUGAUGCCAAUGUCUAUCCCAACCCAGAUGCUUUCGAUCCUGAUAGAUGGGACCCUAACGGUACUGCUGAAAAGCAUCCAAAGAACUUUAUGGUCUUUGGUAAUGGCCCUCAUCAUUGUCUUGGUAAAGAAUAUGCUAUUAUGCACUUGAUGGCCGUUCUUGCGCAAGCUUCCCUUCAACUGAAAUGGACGCACACCCGUACUGAUAAGAGUGAUGACAUCUCUAUUUUUGCUACUAUUUAUCCUCAAGAUGGAUGCAUCAUGAGUUUCCAGCCAAGAACAUCUACGACUCUUGCUGCUUAA